AGCGUAGUGGCAUUUGACGGGCAGCCGUCAGCUAGUCAACGGUUGCAAAUGGCGACAGCCACGAAAUCUCUGGCACCGACUCGCGAAUAGUUUCACGCAUACGGAGUACUACGUGACCGAGCAGUGCGUGAACGUUACCUUAACCCAGAUCGGUGGUUUGAAAUAGACCAAGACAAGAUGCCGGCUGUGAGAGGAGAUGGCAUGCGUGGUCUGGCUGUAUUUAUUUCUGAUAUUAGAAAUUGUAAAAGCAAAGAAGCAGAAAUUAAGAGAAUAAACAAAGAGUUGGCAAAUAUUCGUAGUAAAUUUAAAGGAGACAAGACACUUGAUGGUUAUCAAAAAAAGAAAUAUGUUUGUAAGCUUCUUUUUAUUUUUUUACUUGGUCAUGAUAUUGAUUUUGGACAUAUGGAGGCUGUUAAUCUACUUUCAUCCAACAAAUAUUCAGAAAAACAAAUUGGCUAUCUUUUCAUAUCAGUUUUAGUAAAUACAAACAGUGAUCUUAUUAAAUUGAUUAUUCAAAGUAUAAAAAAUGAUCUUGCAUCAAGAAAUCCAAUUCAUGUAAAUCUUGCAUUACAAUGUAUUGCAAAUAUUGGCAGCAAAGAAAUGGCAGAAGCUUUUGGUAAUGAAAUACCAAAAUUACUUGUUUCUGGAGAUACUAUGGAUGUUGUAAAGCAAAGUGCAGCAUUGUGUUUAUUACGAUUAUUACGUACUGCACCAGAUGUUGUUCCUGGUGGAGAGUGGACAUCGCGCAUAGUUCAUCUUUUAAAUGAUCAGCAUCUUGGUGUUGUUACAGCAGCUGCAUCUUUAAUAGAUGCUUUAGUAAAGAGAAAUCCAGAUGAAUAUAAAGGAUGUGUUAGUUUAGCAGUUUCAAGAUUGAGCAGGAUUGUGACAUCAAGUUACACAGAUCUACAAGAUUAUACAUAUUAUUUUGUGCCAGCACCAUGGCUAUCUGUUAAACUUUUACGGUUAUUACAGAAUUAUACACCACCUGCUGAAGAUCCAGGAGUAAGAGGUAGAUUAAAUGAAUGUCUAGAAACUAUAUUAAAUAAAGCUCAAGAACCACCAAAAUCAAAAAAGGUGCAACAUUCAAAUGCAAAAAAUGCUGUGUUAUUUGAAGCUAUUAGUUUAAUUAUUCAUAAUGACAGUGAACUGCCUUUAUCAGUCAGAGCAUGUAAUCAACUUGGUCAGUUUUUAUCUAAUCGUGAAACUAAUCUUCGUUAUUUAGCACUUGAAUCCAUGUGCCACUUAGCUACAUCAGAACUGUCACAUGAAGCUGUAAAGAAACAUCAAGAAGUUGUUAUUCUUUCUAUGAAAAUGGAAAAAGAUGUAUCUGUUAGACAACAAGCUGUCGAUCUUUUGUAUGCUAUGUGUGAUAAAAGCAAUGCUGAGGAAAUAGUUCAAGAAAUGUUGAAUUAUCUCGAAACUGCUGAUUAUUCUAUUAGAGAAGAAAUGGUUCUUAAAGUGGCGAUUUUAGCCGAAAAAUAUGCUACCGAUUAUACUUGGUACGUUGACGUCAUUUUAAAUCUGAUUAGGAUAGCUGGUGAUUAUGUUUCGGAAGAAGUAUGGUACAGAGUUAUUCAAAUCGUUAUUAAUAGAGAAGACGUACAAGGGUAUGCAGCAAAGACUGUUUUCGAGGCUUUACAAGCACCAGCUUGCCAUGAAAAUAUGGUUAAAGUUGGUGGUUAUAUCCUUGGAGAAUUUGGAAAUCUUAUUGCUGGCGAUCAACGAUCUUCUCCAGCUGUUCAGUUUCAAUUAUUACAUUCCAAAUAUCACUUAUGUUCUCCAAUGACUCGUGCAUUAUUACUUUCGACGUACAUUAAAUUUGUUAAUCUAUUUCCUGAAAUGAGAAGUCAAAUUCAAGAUGUCUUUAGACAACAUAGUAAUUUACGCAGUGCAGAUGCAGAGUUACAGCAAAGAGCUUCGGAAUAUCUUCAAUUGAGUAUUAUCGCUUCUAGUGAUGUUUUGGCUACAGUUUUAGAGGAAAUGCCAGCAUUUCCAGAAAGAGAAUCUUCUAUUCUUGCAGUUUUGAAAAGGAAGAAACCAGGUCGAGUACCAGAGAAUGAAAUUAGAGAAAGUAAAAGUCCAGCUCCAAAUACUAACCAUCAUGCAGAAGCUCCUAGUAGUGUAACAGGAGCUGUUAAUAAUACAUCAGCAGAUUUAUUAAGUCUUUCUACACCACCAUCAUCUCAACCAAGUAGCAAUACUGGAGUUUUACUUGACGUACUAGGAGAUAUUUAUAAUAUGCCAAAUAAAGUCGCAACUAAUGGUGCCCAAAAUACGUAUAAUCCUAAAAAAUUUGUGUGUAAAAAUAAUGGUGUGUUGUUUGAAAGUGAAUUAAUUCAAAUUGGAGUAAAAUCGGAAUUUAGACAAAAUUUAGGACGAGUUGGUCUUUUUUAUGGAAACAAAACUCAAUACGCUCUUCAUAGUUUUCAACCUCAAUUGUCUUGGUCUGAAGAAAAUCAACAAAAAUUAGCAGUACAAGUAAAACCGGUCGAUCCAGUGUUAGAAGCUGGAGCUCAAAUACAACAAAUGAUUAACGCAGAAUGUAUUGAUGAUUAUAGCGAUGCACCGAGCAUGAUUAUCUCUUUUAUUUAUAACAAUGUGCCACAAAAGAUAACAAUGAAAUUACCAUUAACUAUCAACAAAUUCUUCGAACCCACAGAAAUGAAUGGAGAAUCAUUCUUUGCAAGAUGGAAAAAUCUUGGAGGAGCGAAUCAACAACGAUCUCAGAAGAUAUUCAAAGCACAACAACCGAUGGAUCUUACACAAGUUCGCACGAAAUUGCAAGGAUUUGGAAUGCAAUUACUUGAUGGUAUCGAUCCAAAUCCCGAUAAUUUCGUUUGUGCAGGAAUAGUACAUAUGAGAGCACAACAAGUUGGAUGUUUGUUACGUUUAGAGCCUAACAAACAAGCGCAGAUGUUUCGUUUAACGGUACGUUCGAGUAAGGAGUCGAUGUCAGUAGAGAUCUGUGACCUGCUGGUGGACCAAUUUUAAAUGGUCUAGCAGGCAUAAACUAAUUUAAGAUACACUGAAACGCCGUGGGAAGACAUAUCGUGAUCAAUAAAGAAUGUCGUCUCUCGACGUUCAAAAAAAAUACUGAUGAUUAUUUGUUAAGAAAUAUUUGUUGUACCCAAGCUUACACUCAUAACAUGGUCAUGAGAAUUGAACCCUUGUGUAGGCGAAACAUUGUUACCACAUAUAAUCCUACGAACAAAGCAUAGGAUUGCUAUAAAUAUGAUAAAGGAAUGAAUUGUGUAGAUGAGAAAAAAGAAAAAGAAAAAAAGAAGAAAAAAAAGAAAGGAAAAGAAAGCUAAAUGACAUAUAUAUAAUGGCUAUGAUGGACUCUAUUGGUCCAUGAAUAAAGGUAACAAAUAUAGAUAUAUCACAAUUUUUUUCUUUCUUUUUUUUUCCUUUUUUUUUUUUUUUUUUUUUUUUUAAUAUGUAUUUUUAGUAAAAAGAAAAAAAAUUGUAUAGAUAUAUGUCACGAGUAUUCGCAAAAAAGAGAUAAUUCAUUGAUUUUUUUCAUUCAAGAAUUACAUUGCACACAAAGAUUCAGAUUACUAAUACAAUAUAUAUACUUUAUUUACAAAUUUUUAUAAUUAAUUUUAAUGAUACGAGUAUUUUCAAUGUAUUUUCGAGUAAUCGAGUAAUUAUGAAUCAAUCAUAUUAAUUUUGCAUACUCGUGGCACAUUUUCAUCUACCUUUUAGCUUCCCUUCUUUGUACGUACGAUUUUUUUCGUAUCAAUUUUCGUUUCUUUUUUUUUUUGAGAUUAUUAUUGUUGAGCGAGAGUAGAUCUUUGGGCACGAUGUCAGUAGUUGUAUGAUAUUAGUUGUUUAUCAUAGAUUUUUCCUUGUAUUUAACGGAGCUCAAAAUUUCUCUUGUAAUUAGUAGGUGCGAGAUCAACGCUCCUCCCCAUCCCCUGAUUUCCUUCCAUUCCUACUCCGCUUAUUUCCUUGCUCCUUUCUCUGAUUUUUUUUCUAAAAACGUCUCCUCAUACGUUGACGUAAGAAUCCAUGGCUGGUUACAUUCUACAGCUCAUAGAGAAGCGUGAUUGAACUCAAUAAAGAAGUAAAUGAACAAAAAAAAAGAAAAAUAAUAAUAAUAAUAAUAAUAAAAUAAAAGAAGUAAUCAUUAGUAUAAUUUUUCUAAUCAUCUUUAAUGACUCUUGUGUGAGAUGUAUAUUUCAGUAGUAUAUCUUGUACAGAUAAUAUUUCACAAAUACGUUGGAGAUUAUUAUGUUUUGCGAAUGAUAAUGCAGAAAAGAAAAGCAAAUAAAUAUAUAUAAGAAAUAGAGCAGCUCUGAGCGAUGUUUAAAAAAACCGUGUUUGCAUUGCGAUUAUAUAUGCUUCACGAUUACUACUCUGUCUGUUAUUGUGAAAAUUGUAAAGCUCUAAUUGAAUUGUACAUAUAAGAAAUGCAUUGAUUAAAUGUUUGCCGACAAAGAGUCGCAUUGCACGAGACUCGCAAAAAAUCCUGUACUUGCAGGCAUGACGAUCUAUGUAAUAUCGUUCCUUCCUGCUAUUUCAUUUAUAUAUUUCUUUAUGAUGCGAA